CACGCUCCUCUCUCGCUAUCCGAAUUGAAUGCAUAAUUUCUUCAUCUCCUCCACUGGUCUGCCCAAUCUCUUUCUCUCCAGUUGGCGUUCAGAUACGGAGGCGGUUUGAGUUCGGGGGAUAUACAGUGGAUCGGGCGUAUGUGUUUUGUGCGGAAUGGAGGCGAAUGGUAAUGUUAAUGUAAUUGCGCCGUUUGUGAUGAAAACGUAUCAGAUGGUGAAUGAUCCGGCGACAAAUGGACUCAUCGCUUGGGGAAAGGAGAACAACAGUUUUAUUGUUUUGGAGCCGUUGGAUUUUUCGGAGAGGAUUUUGCCGGCGUAUUUUAAGCACCAUAAUUUUUCAAGCUUCGUGCGGCAGCUCAAUACAUAUGGCUUCCGGAAAGUCGAUCCCGACAGAUGGGAAUUCGCCAACGAAUGGUUCCUUCGCGGACAAACUCAGCUCCUAUGCAACAUCGGGCGGCGAAAACAGGGCGGCACCACCAUCCGAACCCCUUCCCCGGAAUCAACGAUCGACGACGAGGCCUUCAUGGAUCAGAUCGCCAUGCUGAACCAGGACCAGAGGAGCCUCGAACAAGAACUCGAAAGCAUGAACCGACGCCUCCAGGCCACCGAGCGCCGCCCCCACCAAAUGAUGACAUUCUUGGCCAAGGUUGUUGAGGACCCUGAAAUCCUCCCCCGAAUUAUCCUCGAGAAAGAAAGGCUCAGAACUCUGCCAAAUUCCGACAAGAAGAGAAAGCUCAUUAUUACCUCCCCUGAUGACUACAUUUCCUCCAAUUCCCUGUCAGGGAGAGCAGUCUCCAGCUCCUCCCUCAGCAGCGCCGGCGCCUGCGCCGAUCAUCAUGACCAGUCAUCCCCCGACGGCAACCAAUCCUCGCCGUCACUGGAGAUUUCUUCGCCGGAGUGGUUCAGUUACCAUAACAGGGUGCAUUUUGUUGGCACACAGUUGGAUCAUUAUGGCUGUUCCUCCGGCGAAAAUUCCGGCGGAUUCGAGUGAAUUAUCUGGGAGUGAUGGCGGCGGAGGAGGCGAGUCCGCCGCCGCUGCCUUACCCAUUCUCCCUCCUCGGCGGCGGUUUUUAGCAUUGCUAUUUUUAAUUUUAUUUAAUUUUUUCUUUUUGAUUGGUAGAUAGAUAAUAAUUUUAGUUAGGGAUUCAUUUGUCUUAAUGUUUUUGGAGGUCAGAUAGAAACAUAAAACAUGGCCACAUAAAUUAAUCUAAUUAAACCUAUCUUUAACUUGGUCAGAACUCUACAUGUAGACAUAAUUAACCAGUCAAAUUUGAUCACCAUUUUUAAAGAGCAAUAAUACAUAUGAUGUGAAAACUAGUAUUUAGUGUUAAAUUUUUGGAAACAAAUUGAGGUAUUAAUAA